GCUUCCGCUCCGCGAGCCCGCGAGUUGCUUCGUCCAGUGCAAGCUCGAUUCUCGGAAGACGUUGCGCUACCCGUUACUUUAUCCACCCGGUGCAACUGGGUUUAUUGACACGACUGUUACGCCAGUUUUUCAGCUUAGUGCGUCGGCAACCGACUCAGAAGCAACAGGUGCAUAAGAAAGAAUGUCAGGUGUCUCUGAAACUUCAAAAUUCGAAUUUAAACUAAUUUAAUUAAAGUCGAAAAAAUUUGUUUAGAGAAGCGAUCGGUAGCCGAUUCUAGUUUAAUAAUUAAAGUUGAAAAAAUCGGCCAAGUGCAGUAAUUGGUCCAGUGCGGCAAUCGUUCGCCGGUUGAAGUUAAAAAAUAAAAAUUGAAAAAAUCGGCUGAGUGCAGUGGCGAUCGAUCGGCGGGUCGCCGAUCUUCAGCAGUGAUUGGUUCGAAGUGAAACUCGGUGCUGCCAAUCGGUAGUUUGUGACCGGUGACGAGGGGAACACCCGAGCAAUGUGCACUUCGCUGUGAAUUGUGCGAAAGUGCCCGGGCGAUUUUUUCGCACUCUGGUGUUCAAAUUUGCAUUUCCUGUUUUUUUUUAACACGGAUUUGUUGUUCCGGAGAGGAUACACGAUGACAGUCGCCGGAAAGAGAUAUGUCGAUUGCACAGUUCUGGGGACCGGAAGUGGGGCGGAUGCAGAAGACUCGUCCUACGAUAGUGAUUAUGAGGCCGAGGACUCGUUGGGUUCGUCUUCUGCCCAUCCACAAUUGGAAUCCCAAGUUUCGUCCUCGACCCAUUCUGAUGUCUCGAGAACAACCUCCGACACCCUCGCUGCCGAAUUUGCCGAAUAUGUCACUGUCCAGGGUCCUUCCCCCAUACAGAGUCCAGGCUACACGGCAAGGGUAGAAUUUGCCUUAAAAUUAGGCUACACCGAACGCCUAGUUCAGGCAGCUCUGCAAAAAUUGGGACCCGAUCCAGGUCAGAAUGAGCUUUUAGAAGAAUUGAUCAAACUAGGAGCCACUUGUUCCUCGAAACUCGCUGACACUCCUGAUGAGGCCGAUGGGAUUUUAGAAACGACGGACCUCUCAAGUGAAGAUUGUGGAAAUUCGACUUCUAAUUUGUCGAGUUCUUCAGCCUUUCGUCCGGUUGUGAUCGACGGAAGUAAUGUGGCGAUGAGCCAUGGCAAUAAGGAAAUUUUUUCCUGCAGGGGCAUUAAGAUCUGCGUUGAUUGGUUCCGGGCGAGGGGACAUCGAGAAAUCACCGUUUUUGUACCCAAAUGGAGAAAAGAGGCCUCCAGGCCUGAUAACCCCAUCGCUGAUCAGGAGAUUCUUGGGGAACUGGAGAGGGACCGACUUUUGGUUUUUACUCCGUCCAGAUUGGUGGGAGGCAAACGCAUGGUUUGUUAUGACGAUCGGUACAUUUUGAGGCUCGCGGCAGAAUUAGACGGUAUUGUCGUCAGUAACGACAACUACAGAGACUUGGCCCAAGAAAGUCCCGAAUUCAGAAAAGUGAUCGAGGAGAGGAUUCUGAUGUACAGUUUCGUCAAUGAUCGAUUCAUGCCUCCAGAUGAUCCUCUAGGCAGAAGUGGACCAACUCUUGAUAAUUUUUUAAGGGUCGGACCCAGAAGAACUGAUCCAGCACCGCCUUGUCCUUACGCCAAAAAAUGCACCUAUGGAAAUAAGUGCAAAUUUCGGCAUCCAGAACGAGGACCGCAUCCGCACAAAUCCGUCACCGAAAGACUGGUGGAGCAUGCUCAACGUCAUCUACAAGCUAGAGGACCGAGUCUCAGCUUACCUCUGCCCUCGGUGACGACCUCUUCGACCGUCCCGGUUUCUCAACACCAACCUCUUUGCAAAACCAGGUCUGCUGUUGUCCAAUCGCCAUCGUCCGUCCCUAAAAGUCGCUCCGUCGAAAAUGUUACGAGUGAUCUUUCUAAUAGCUUGGUUUAUCCAAAAGUUUCUGCAGGACAAACUGUGCAAGGUUAUCCAUCACCAGUGGGUUGGGCGCAACAGAGGGUUUCAAAUUCCGAUUCGGAGCCGACCAACAUGCACAGAAAAUUACAGAGACAGUUGACCUUGAACCCAGCCUGUGAUCCGAGACUCUAUCAACUUAGAAGGUACCAUCAGCAAAAACAACAAACUCUUCCAAAUUCUUCCCAACAACAGCAGCAGCAGCAGCAGCAACAGUCUCUGCAAUCUCCAGUCAUCAAUCCUCCACAUCCUGCACUUCACAGACCCCUGACGAGGCAUGCCAGCAAUGAGUCGCCCUAUCCUUUAUCAAUCAGUUGGGACCACCCGGAACAUCGUCACCAUCACCAGCACGUGACGAGAAUCGCUUCAGCUCCAGAUUCGUACCGAGCUUGGCCCCCCUGUGGAAAUUUAGCAGCCCCCUCUUCCCAAGUUCAACGAUUGGGAGCUUCAGACCCUCAACUAAAUCUGCUUCCAUCGGCUCCUUCAAAUCCGAGCCUGUGCGGACCCUGGGGGACCCAAACUCAGGACGCCCGUCGUCGGCUUCAUUAUCACCUUGCCAACAUCUUUCCCGAGGAACAAGUGCAAGCCGCAAUGGCCCUUCAUCCUCAUGAAACUGACGCCCAACAAAUUUGCGCCGCCAUCUUGGCCAUGUUCCCCAAAUCGUAGGAAAUUUGGAGAUUUUUGACCUUGACCUGGACCUCUGGGUCUCUAUGUGAAGGAAAAAGACACGCUCUCUGUGAGAGUAUGCGAUUUUAUUGAAUUACGUCUCUUUUUCUUGGCCUUUCGAUAUUUUCAUUUGUGCCUCCAUUUUUUGACUUUUGGCGUGAUCUUAAAUUAGAAAAUGCUGCAAAUUCCAAAGGUUUAGGAAGCGUUUGGGAGGACACUUUGGGAACGAAACGUAUGUUUCAUAAAAAAAUUAUACUGGAUCUUGAAUAGGAAAAAAUGCUUCCAAAUCGUAAACUUUCAUAAGCGUCCACGUUUUAAAAGUUUAACUGUUUCUAAACCAGAAACGCUUCGAAAGUUGUGAUUUUUUGGUGAUUUCAUAUUUCAAGUUGGAACCCUUUCCAAGUUGCCAUGCUCCAAAAGUUGAAAAGUUUCAAAAGUUCGGACGUUCCUAAACCAAAAACGCUUCUAAAAUUGGACGGCUUCCGGAAUUGGAACGCGUACAAAUUUGAAACGCUGGAAUUCCUUCAGUGUUGAAUCGUUUCCAAACCAGAAACGCUUUCUUAGUUAGAACUUAAGGGUGAUUUUAUAUUAGGAAAUGUUCUAAACUCCGAGCGUUUAGGAAGCGUUUCCGACUCAAAAAGACUCUUGGGAACUAACGCAGAGUUUGAAGAACUUCUAAGUGGAUCAUAUAUAGGAAAAUCGCUUCCAAGUCGGAACCUUUUCCAAGCUGCUACGCCUUAAAAGUUGGAACGUUUCUAAACCAAAAACGCUUCUGAAAGUGGAAAGUUUUUCAAAGUUUAAAUACUUACAAAUUAAAAGCGCUUAAAUUCCUUCAGUUUUUAAACGUUUCCGAAACAAAAACGCUUCUACAUUUAGAACAUUGGGUUGAUUUAAAGUAAUGAAAUCUUCAAAAUUCCAAGCGUUUAGAAAGCUUUUCUGAUUCGGAGAGAUUUAGAGAACAAAACUUAUUUUUCAGGCAAAAUUUAACUUGAUCCUAAAUGAGAAAAACGCUUCCAUGUAUAAAACUUUCAUUCAUUGCCACAAUUUGAAAAUAGUAGCGUUUCUUAACCAGAAACGCUCCUGAAAUUGGAAGGCUUUUAAGGUUGGAACAUUGUGGUGAUUUUAUAUUAGGAAAUAUUCUAAAUUUUGAGCGUUUAGGAAGCGUUUCCAAUUUUUAGAGACUUUGGGAACGAAACUUGAGUAUAAACAAAUAUAAAAACGUUUACAAGUUGGAACGUUUGUCAAUCAGGAAACCAUCUGAAAUUGAAAGGUUUCAGAUGUUGAAACCUUCCUAAAGUUAGAAUUUUACAAUGAUUUUUAAUGAGGGAAGGUUUUACAUUCCGAGCGUUUAGGCAGCGUUUUUGAUUCGAAAACUCUUCGUGAAAAAACCUUUACCUUCAAUACAAUAUUAUCUGGAUCUUAAAUAUGAAAAACGCAUUGAAUUUGGAAAUUUUUUCAAUCAGAAUCGCUUCCGAUGUUGAAAAGUUUUUAAACUUAAAACUUUGCUGUGAUUUUCAAUCCGGGAAGGUUUUUAAUUCCGAGAAAUUAGGAAGCGUUUUAUAUUUGAAAACUCUUCGUAAACGAAAUAUGAUCGUCAAAAAGAUAUUAUUUGAAUUCUGAAUAUAAAAAACGCUUUAAAGUUGGAACGUUUCUUAUUCAUAAACGCUUCUGAAAUUAAAAGGUUUCAGACGUUGAAACGUUUCUAAAGUUAGGAUUUUACGAUGAUUUACAAUCAGGGAAGGUUUUAAAUUCUGAACGUUUAGGCAGCGUUUUCGAUUCGGAAACUCUUCGUGAACGAAACUUUACCUUCAAAACAAUAUUAUCUGGAUUUUAAAUAUGACAAUCGUUUCUAAGUUGGAACGUCUCUCAAUUAGAAACGGUUCUGAAAUUGGAAGGCUUCUGAUUUUGAAACGUUUUUAAAGUUAGGAUUUUACGAUGAUUUUUAAUCAGGUAAGGUUUUAAAUUCCGAGCGUUUAGGCAGCGUUUUCGAUUUGAAAACUCUUCGUGGACGAAACUUCACCAUUAAAACAAUAUUAUCUGGAUUCUAAUUAUGAAAAACGCUUCUAAAUUGGAAAUUUUUUCAAUCAGGAACGCUUCCGACGUUGAAACGUUUCUAAAGUUAAAACUUUGCAGUGAUUUUCAAUCAGGGAAUGUUUUUAUUUCAGAGCGUUUAGGAAGCGUUUUAUAUUCGGAAACCCACAGUAAACAAAAUAUGAUCGUUAAAAAAAUAUUAUUUGGAUUCUAAAUAUGAAAAACGUUUCCAAGUUGGAACGUUUCUCAACUAGAAACUCUUGUGAAAUUGGAAGGCUUCCAACGUUGAAACGUUUCUAAAGUUAAAACUUUGCUGUCAUUUUCAAUUAGGGACGGUUUUAAAUUCUAAGCGUUCAUGAAGCGUUUUCGAUUCGGAAACUCUUCGUGAAC